CUUUAUCCAUAUGACAGUCAACUAAGAUAAAAGAGUUCUUUGCUUGAGCUGACCGUUAGGCUGCUGCAGAAAUUUGCACCUUAUAUACAUGUCCGACUGCCAUUAACAUGAAUCACAGGCAGCACAAGUCGGCUAAUCUGCUCGGAAGAAGAAAAAUGGGUUCCCGAAAUACUGAAUGUGCUCUUGCUUUCUUGAUCGUUUCUUCACUGACUUGCCUUUGCUUGUCUUCGACACUCCCGAGUGAGUUCUCCAUCAUAGACCAGACGCUCCAUGACUCCGAGGAGAGGACUCUGGAGCUGUUCCAGAGGUGGAAGGAGAGCCACAACAAGGAAUACAGCACCGACGAGGAGACGCAGAGGAGGCUCGAGAUAUUCAAGAGGAACCUGAAGUACGUUACGGAGAGGAACUUAAACAAGGUCAGGGAGGGAGAGAAGGGCCACUUUGUCGGACUGAACAAGUUCGCUGACAUGACCAACGAGGAGUUCAAGAAAAUCUACAUGUCGAAGAUGAAGAGACCGGCCAACAGGAACUGGAGCAAGGGGAAUCCUGUGGACAAGAAAGUGGGAGCGUCCUGUGACCCGCCGUCCUCUUUGGAUUGGAGGGAUUAUGGGGUCGUGACCGGCGUCAAGGACCAAGGAUCGUGCGGGAGUUGCUGGGCAUUCUCUACAACCGGAGCCAUAGAAGGCAUAAACGCCCUCGACACAGGGAAACUCAUCAGCCUGUCUGAGCAAGAGCUCGUGGACUGCGACACCACCGAUGACGGGUGCGAUGGAGGUUACAUGGACUACGCCUUCGAGUGGAUUAUCAAUAAUGGUGGAAUCGAUUCAGAGGCCGAUUACCCCUACACUAGCAUCAACGGUGUCGAUGGCACUUGUAACAUCACUAAGGAGAAGAACGACAAAGUUGUGAGCAUAAGUGGGUAUGUAGAUGUGGAGGAAUCGGACAGUGCUCUGCUCUGUGCAGUUGUUCAACAGCCCAUCAGCGUGGGAAUGGAUGGCUCUGCUUUGGAUUUUCAGUUCUACACUGGGGGGAUAUACCAGGGGAGCUGCUCAGAUGACCCCGAUGACAUCGACCAUGCUGUCCUCAUAGUCGGGUACGGAUCCGAAGAUGGCGAGGAUUACUGGAUAGUUAAGAACUCAUGGGGGACGGAAUGGGGGAUGGAGGGCUACUUCUACAUCCGGAGGAACACCGACUUGCCAUUCGGGGAAUGCGCCAUCAAUGCCGACGCUUCCUACCCGACCCAAUCGUCCUCGUCUGCUUCGAACCGGAAGAUGAUGAAGCACAGGAUGAACCGGAAAUUUGCUGUUUCGAUAAAGUGACAUUACUGAGGAUGCAGAAGUAGUGCAAUAUUAAUUGUUCUCUCGAAAUGAUAUGUACAUGCAAACUAUCUUGCCCAGAUGUACUAGGAAGUAGGAUGUGCACGGAUAUCAGGUAUAUCCGGAACCGAUUGGAAUCUACCCGUUGAGUAGCGUCCGGAUAGCUCGUAUUGAAAAUAGGAUAUGGUCUGGAUAUUAAAAUAAAGAACCGGUGAAAACCGAUUCCAGUUAUGAUUCCUGCAUAGGGUACCCAGAAUCGGACUGGAACAACUCGGACCCGAUAAUAAUUUCCUUUAGUUAUAUUAUAUUCAGAUAUAUUCCUCCUUUUUACUUUACCA